GAUUUGCUCUCUCCCCCAUAUUAGGUUAAGUUAGAUUAGGAUUAGGUUUAGGUGUGACGGCGCGCGCUGUCCCGGCACUCCACGGAGUGCAGGAGCGGCGCGCUGUCGUCGCUUAGAUGUAAGUUAGAUUAAGUUAGGUGUACUUUAGGUUAAGCUAGGAUAAGAUAAAAUUGUAAAAAAAAAAAAAAAGAAAAAAAAAAAAAAAAAAAAUAAAAAAAAAAAAAAAACAAUAUGGAGGAGAGCAGCAGCCGCCCCCGGAAGAAGAAGGAAGAAAGAAGAUGAAGAAGUGAAGACAGAAAUCGUCCCACCACUUACCUCGAGCCUGUAUACAGUCCAUCCCGCAGUGCAUCACCCCUGCCUUAAUAGGCGGGGAGCUACAAGUCCGGGUAGAGGGGUUUCCCCGAGGCCCGCUCCGCGCCCCCGUAAGGGGACGCGACGACCCCACGACUGCAAAUUCAGUUCGAGACAGCGAGCCGACGAGUCAAGACCUCUCCAGAAGAAGAGGAGAGAGCCGUCGAACAAGAAAAGACUCGCUCCUACGCCCUGCGCCGGUCAAGCCACGAGGACCGUGUGAACGCCAUACUUGAAGCCUUCGUUAUUUUCCUCGAACCAAUCCCAGCACCCGUUCCGCGACAGCCACUGCGGCAAUACUCGAGCCACCACGUUUCAACGAGUAAGAAGUCUAAAAAUCACACGUGGUGGCCGAAACCUGAGCGGUGGCCGUCCGGAAUAUUAACCUAUUAAGUUAACCUCUGGUGUUACGUUGCUUAUUUAUUUAAGCUAGUAAUAAUAAGCUUAUUAAAUCAAAUUUACCCGCUGAUUAUUGACACCGAAAGCACAUUAUUGGGUGGGCUAACCAAAAACCAAAAUCAUCCAAAGGAAUCUUUUAAUCUUGGAAUGCCUUGCCGUAACCACAGGUUACUAUGGGAUACUGCAUUUUGUUAUACGAAAAUGCAAACAAUGAAUUAAGAAAAAAUGUGUGUUUUAUUAAUUAAGUAGUUAUUUGUGCAAUAAGAAACUUUGCUCUCGUGUAGCACACAUAACUUCUACCUCAGCAGUGAGAAAGUGAGAACACAUAACUUAGGAGACAUAGAUGAACAGGAAAAGAUUGAAAUAACUAAUAAAUUCCAAAAUCUAAUUUCGAAGGAGUUUGUUUUUUCACUCGCUUUUUUAUACGCAUGUGAAAGAGAUAGAGCACAGUAAACUUCGAAUGUUUCAAAUUAAUGGCUGAACAAUGUCAGUUCGUGGCACUGAAGAUUGAAAACUUAAAAAGCUACUUUGAUCCAAGCUCGAAUCAAAAUCGCGUUUUGUUCAAUGUUGUCUCACAGCAAAAGCUACAUAUUUGAGCUGCUGAGGUGAAAAGGUAUUUUAACGGUCUAUUUUGAUACAUAUGGUCCAUUCCAUUUAAAGUUUUUUUUUGUGAUUAUAGGUUAUAAGGAUAAGGAUAAGAUAAGGAUAUAAGGCUAUUCCAUUCAAACAAAAAAUAUUUUGUUUUGUAAACAAAAGUAGCUCAUUUAAAUAUCGGUUUUACAAUACAUGUUUGUUCACUUUUUAGAGUAGUCUGUUAGGCUUUUCUUUUAAACGCGAGAUACGUUGCACUAUAAGUACCAUUACUGUCAACAAUGUUAAAUGUCUACCUUGCUUGCUCUACUCUGUGCCAUUGUGAUAUUGCUAUUUGUCGUAUGUACAUUACAUACCCAUUUAUUAACUAAAACAGAUUGGUUUUAAGAAAUGAAAACAUUUUGUAUGUAGUCAUUUGCUAUAAAACAUUUUACUCGAAGAACUGUAAACACUCAAAAGUUAACAAUUCAUGUGAACAUGGCAAAAACAAAGGUGACAGGAGCCACUAGCAGAUUGAAGCAGGAUUAUUUGAGGCUCAAGAAUGACCCAGUACCAUAUGUUACGGCCGAACCUGUGCCGUCCAACAUACUGGAAUGGCAUUACGUCGUUAAAGGGCCGGAGAAAAGUCCCUACGAAGGGGGAUAUUAUCAUGGAAAGAUUAUUUUCCCAAGGGAAUUUCCGUUCAAACCACCUUCGAUUUACAUGAUAACACCGAAUGGCAGGUUCAAGACAAACACACGAUUGUGCCUCAGUAUUACAGACUUUCAUCCGGACACUUGGAACCCUGCUUGGUCUAUUUCUACGAUCCUUACAGGUCUGUUGAGUUUUAUGUUGGAGAAGACUCCUACAUUGGGGUCCAUUGAAACUUCAGAAUACCAAAAGCGAUGUUUGGCUGCAGAAUCUCUAGAGAUAAACAUAAAAAAUAAAAUGUUUUGUGAAUUGUUCCCUGAAUAUGUAGAGGAGAUUGAACAGCAAUUAAAACAACGACAAGAGGCAAUGUUGUUGAAUCAAGACAGUGGUGCAAAUGAAGUAACCUCUGAGCCACAGUCUAGUAUGAAUUGUAUUUUGACAAAUCUGUUUGUUCUUGUAGCUUUUGUAUGCCUUACUUACAUGGUCAAACAUGUUUUAGGAUCAUAUGAAUAGUCUUAAAUUUAUCUUAUUGAGCAAAAGAAACAAAAUUCACAUCUGCCGGCUGGUCUUUUGUUUUUUAAAUGUUUAUAAUUACAUUUAUUUGCUCUACAAAUGCAAUGUACAUAUUGUAAUUUAUUUUGUAAAUAAUUGUUAUUCAAUCUUGAAAUAAACCCAUGUUUGACCUUAAAUAAAACUUGAUUUUAUGUAGGUAACAAUGUAUAGAGUUUAACAUGCAUUGCAUGAGGAAUGUCUACUAAGGUUUUGCUACUUUUACCGUGUCAUUUAUUUUUAAAUGUAUUCAACAACAAGCCUUUAUUUGAAGACCGAAAGAGCUGUUAAAAAUAAAGAUUGAAACAAAUUUAUAUGAAUCUUGAAAAGCUGACUAUAGACAGCAAUACCUAUGGUGAUUAAUAACUAGGUAUACUACUAUAUAACUAAUUUAUUGAAUUGGAGUAAUUGUUACGUGAGUAAAUUAAAUUUUAUGAUUUUAUUUAAUUUUUUCAAUUAUUCCCUAAGAAACUAAAUUUCAAUGUAAAAAUAUAUAUGGUGAAAUCUAAUAAAUUUUUGUAAGCAGGAUUUCUAAUAAAGGUUUUUUUUAACAAAUCUUAGUAGUGUUCAACAAAAUAUUUAGGCAUUUUCAGUAUUGUAUACAGUAUGCAUUAAAUAUGAUUUUCUAUAGUAGAAAAAGUUGAACCAUGGACCUUUUAAUGCUAAAGUACACAAUAAUAAAGCAAUACAAGGUUUAAGACUUGAAUGAAUAUAUGUCAAAUCACCAUAAAUUGAGCAAGAUAUGUUUUGUUAUGUAUCAUCAUACUAUUUAGAUUUGACCCUAAAAUGUGAGCUAUUAAAACUCAAUUUAUAAAAAAAUGUCCUUACCUGAGAUUGCACAUCAGAAAUAUUUAUAUUUACGGAAUUCACAUUCAAAUGCAUGCUUAAUUUCUUUAUACUGUUCAAAACGUUUUUAUGCUAAGUAUAUGUUACACCUAUGUAAUUAUUGUGAUUUUAUGUGAUGAAUCUUCGUGAAUUAAUAUAGUGGUUUGUCAUUGUUAGUAAAUGCUAGCCCAUUUGCCUUUUGUAGUCCAACAUUUAAUGUUAAUAUCACAUAGAUUAAUUUAGUCUUCACUGAGAUAAAUUAUAUAUACAUAUAAAGAUAUGUUGGUACAUUUUAUGAUUUCUUGAAUAUUAUUUAUAUCACUUGUAAUGAGCCUUGUCGUCGUUUACGAAUUUCGACCAUAAAUCUAAUAAAUUUGUACGGAAAAUGAAA